AUGGCGGACAAGGUGUUUCCCUACCUCGAUCUCCCUACAUUAUCCCCUCGUCCCUCUCCUCCCACUUCCUACCCUUUACUCCUACGCCAACCCCCCCCCCUCCCCCCCCCGCGUCCUGCAUCCUCGUCCCCCUCCGCCCGCCCUCUUUUCCCCAUCCUCCCCCCUCUCCUUUCCCCCUCCAGUCCCCCCCCCAUCCGGCCCCUCAUCGCGUCCUCCUUUGCCUUUGAGACUCUCCUCGACCACCUCCAUCCGUUCACCACAUUGCUGCGCACGUCGCUCCCCCCCUGCGCUCCCCUCCGCCCCAUACCUCACAGCUGCCUGCGCUGCCCCCUCGUCCUUCUCCUUCUCCUCUUCUCCACCUUCCCCUUCAUCGCAGCCUCCUUUGCCUUUGAAACCCUCCUCGACCUGCGCCAGUUCGCCGCUCUGCUGUGCCCAUCCCUUCCCCCCGCGCUGGAGGGCGUGGUGAGCCACGACAAGUUCCUCAAGGCGCCACCUACAGCUGCCUCCUUCAUCGCGGCCUCCUUCGCCUUUGAAACCCUCCUCGACCUGCGCCAGUUUGCCGCUCUACUGCGUCCAUCACUCCCCCCCUCACUGGAGGGCGUGGUGGGCCAGGACAAGUUCCUCAAGGCGCGCGCCUACAGCCUCGACAGGGCCCGCCUGGGGUUCGUGCGUGGAGCAGUGGACUUCUGUGUGGAGCUGCUCAUGCUCAAGCUCUUCGUGCUGCCGUGGCUGUGGGAGGACAAGUUCCUCAAGGCGCGCGCCUACAGCCUCGACAGGGCCCGCCUGGGCUUCGUGCGCGGAGCUGUCGAUUUCUGUGUCGAGCUUCUGAUGCUCAAGCUCUUCGUGCUGCCGUGGCUGUGGGAGUUGUGCGCAUUGGACUAUCAGCUACCGUACCUGUGGGGCAUCAACGGGCGCAAUGAAAUCGAGCACUCCAUCCUCUUCCUCUUCGCCUCCUCGCUCAUCUCCCAGGUGGUGGAUCUGCCCUUCGCCCUCUACUCCACAUUUGUCAUUGAGCACAGGCACGGCUUCAACAAGCAAACGCUACUGGGCUUCAUCAAGGAUCGCAUCCUUGGCAUUCUGCUCAUGGUGGUCAUCCUGCCGCCCGUGCUGGGAGCGUGCAUUCGCAUUGUGCAGGUGGGGGGCAACCUAGUGGCGGUCUACCUCUGGCUCUUCAUGCUCGCCUUCUCUCUCUUCAUGCUCACCAUCUACCCCGUCGCCAUCGCCCCACUCUUCAACAAGUUCACACCUCUUGAAGCCGGGACACUGAGGAGCAAGAUAGAGGGCCUUGCAGGUUCACUCAGUUACCCACUCAAGAAGAUCUUCGUGAUGGACGGCUCACAGCGAUCCGCACACAGCAAUGCCUAUCUGUACGGCUUCUUCAAGAACAAGCGUAUCGUGCUCUAUGACACGCUGCUGUCGCAUUGCAAGGACGACGAGGAGGAGGUGGUGGUAGUGAUUGCACACGAGCUGGGGCACCUAUGA